AUGCGAAGUAAUGCAUCUUCUUCAUUUCAACCCAAACACAUGUCAAUUUCACUGUGGAGCCAGAGACGCAAACUCGUUGAUCUCUUGCAGUCUCCCUCCACCACUACCAAACAGCUCAAACAAAUCCAUGCUCAACUCCUCCUCCAAAAUUUAUUGCCACAUUGUUCUCUCUACUCGUACAAUUCUGUGCUCUUGGGGUAUGCAAACUCGCCCGCACCAACCGAUGCAAUCGCUUUCUUCGCGACCCAAAUGGGCCAUCUUGCCUGGAACAAGUUCACCUUCCAGUUCCUUCUUAAAGCCACUUCCAGGUCAAAGUCAAUUAUCCACACUGCCCAAAUCCAUUUAAUGGCUUUAAAGCUUGGAUUUGGUUCUUACAGUAAUAUUAUGAACGCAAGCCUUCAUUGCUACGUAGAGUGUGGUCGGAUAGCUGAUGCACAAAAGUUAUUCGACGAAAUGCCUUGUAGGGACGUUGUUUCGUUCAAUUCGUUGAUUCAUGGAUAUGCUGAAUUGGGGAAUAUGGAUUUAGCGUUUCAGCUUUUUCAACAGGCUCCUGCUCAGAAUGUCAUUACUUGGACUGCCUUGGUGGUUGGAUUGUCCAGGAAUGGUGAUAUAUUUGCCGCUAGACACGUCUUUGAAGAGAUGCCUGAGAGAGAUUUGGUUUCUUGGAAUGCCAUAAUCUCUGGUUAUGUGAAAAAUCAGGACCCAGUUGAGGCCUUGCAAUUGUUCCGUCGUCUGUUGACUGAGAACUUGAAACCCAAUUCAAUUUCCAUAUCUACUGCACUAUCGGCUUGUGCGAGUCUCGGAGCUUUGGAGGCUGGAAAGUGGAUCCAUGUUUUCAUUAACAAGAAUCGGUUUCGGUUGGACCCGUUUUUGGGCUCUGCGCUGAUUGACAUGUACUGCAAGUGUGGAGUUGUGGAAUUGGGUGUUGAGGUAUUUUGGCGUUUAGGCGAGAAGAACUCUUGUACUUGGAAUGCUUUGAUCAAUGGGUUGGCCAUGAAUGGCCAUGCUGAACUAGCCUUGCAGAUGUUUGACUACAUGAGGACUGAUGGUCUUUGUAGACCAGAUGAAGUCACCUUUGUUGGAGUCCUCUUGGCUUGCAGCCAUGGAGGGUUUGUGGAGGAAGGCAGGAGGCAUUUCUAUUGCACCUUAAAAGAGUAUGGGGUUACCCCAGUACUGGAGCACUAUGCUUGUUUGGUGGAUCUUCUUGGACGGGGUGGGCUGCUAUUGGAGGCAGAAGAGGUUAUAAGAACUAUGCCAAUCACACCUGACGUGGUUGUUUGGAGAUCUCUUCUGGGUGGUUGUAUACUUCACAAGGAUGUCAAAUUGGGUGAAAGGGUUCUUCUAGAAAUGGAAAGUUGCAGCAGUGGGGACUAUGUGCUUCUGUCUAACUUAUAUGCUUCAGUUGGGAGAUGGAAGGAUGUUGAGAAAGUAAGAAAGAUCAUGAAGGAUAGAGGGAUUGAAAAGGUACCUGGUUGCAGUUCCAUUGAGGUUGAUAACAUGAUCCAUGAAUUUAUCUCUGGUGACAAGUCUCAUCCUAGAUAUACAGCGAUCUGUGAGAAGUUGGAGGAGCUGGGUAGGAAGAUGUAUGAGGAUGGAUAUUCAGCAGAGACUUCUGUGGUGUUAUAUGAUAUAGAAGAAGAAGAGAAAGAGCAGGCACUGGAGCAUCACAGUGAGAAGUUGGCAAUUGGGUUUGGCCUUAUUAGCACUGUUCCUGGAUGUACUUUCCGGAUUGUAAAGAACCUUCAGAUUUGUACUGACUGUCAUACUGCAACCAAAUUUAUAUCAAAGAUCUGCAACCGGGAAAUAGUGAUUCGUGAUCGAAUCAGGUUCCACCAUUUCAGAGAUGGAAUUUGUUCUUGUAAUGAUUAUUGGUAG